AUGGCUCCCCUAAGCUCAAUCCCCCUCCUACUACUCAGCACCCUCCUCACCCUCACAACAGCAAGCUACCCCACAACCAACACAACACAAUUCACACCCGAGGAAAUGCUCAGCAUCUCCCGUCGCGGCACAGCCCUCCCCAACGCAGCAGGCACACUAGCACUUUACACCACCUCUCAGCACAGUUUCAAAACUCACAAGAACAGCUAUGGUCUCUGGGUGAUGAACAUCACGAGUGGGGAGAAAUGGCUGUAUACGAAUUCGAGUGCGGCGAGUGAUCCGAAUUGGUUGGAUGGGAAUAUGUUUGUCUGGUUUGUGAGCGAGGAUGAUGGGAGUACGAGUGUGGUUGUGGGGGAUGCCACGAAGCCGGAUGUGGAACCAAUCUCUGCAGGUUCAAUUCCGGGUCCAGUCAGUGGACUCAAACUCGCUCCAACGGGCAAAGGUACUUGGAAUUACGCAUUCACUGGAUCUGCUGCGCCAAAUAGAUCACUUUACAAUUCUGCUCUUGUUGAGACUCCCGUAUCAUCUGGGAUGAUGUAUACGAAGAUUUUUGUUCGGCAUUGGGAUGCUUAUGUCACUCCGUAUAAAAACAGUGUCUGGUACGGCACUCUCACCUCAUCUCAGAGUAGUAACGGUACUGCUGGUUUCUCAAUCAAUGAGCCGAUCAACGCUCUGAACGGCACUGGUUUUGAAUCCCCAGUUCCUGUUGUCGGUGGAACUGAUCAAUAUGCCAUCUCAUCCAAAGGUCUCGCUUUCAUCGCCAAAGAUAUCAAGCUCCUCGACCCCGUCUACACAAAGUCAGACGUAUGGUAUAUCCCACUCUCGAACUUCACAGCCGCACCCUCCAAACCACAAGCCGUUCUCACCCCAGGCAUCGAAGGCGCCUCUGCCUCCCUCGUCUUCUCACCCACCAACAACGCACUCUCUUUCGUCCGGAUGAAAGACAUUUCCUACGAAUCCGACAAGAAUCGCAUCUUCACCGUCCCAGAUGUAACGCAGAACUUGACUGCUACCGAAUAUUACGCCACAAACGAUGGAAUCGGUUUCUGGGACCGUAGUCCUGGUCCCAUACUCUACAGCAAGGACGGAGCGACCAUUUUCGCUGUAGCAGAAGACUUUGGCCGUGUUAGACUCUGGAGUCUAUCAUCUGACCCUGCAAAAGCCGAGACUCCAGCGCUGGUCUUCGCCGAAGGGGGAGUUUCGGAUGUACAGUGGUUAGCUGGCGACAAGCUUCUCGUCACUAGCAGUAGUUUUAUCGACAACUCCGUCUACUCAUCCGUGGACCCUACCAUAGCGGCGGGCAGUAAUGCUACAGAAGGCAUCACGCUCUUGUCCGCCAACCUCAACUAUGGAUCAAAAUGGGGUCUGUCUCGCAGCCAAAUCUCAGAUGUAUACUACAAAGGUUACGGCGACUACAUGGUCCACGCCUUCGUCAUCAAACCCUCCACCUUCCAACCCAACAAGACCUACCCCCUCAUGUUCUACGUCCACGGCGGUCCCCAAGGCGCAACCGCCGACGUCUGGUCCAACCGCUGGAACAUGCUCGUCUGGGCCGAACAAGGCUACGUAGUCGUAGCAUUCAACCCCACGGGCUCCACCGGCUUCGGCCAAAAUCUCACAGACGGCAUCCAAAACCAAUGGGGCGGCCGGCCCUACCAGGACCUCGUCCUCGGCUGGCAAUACAUCGAGGAGCACCUCCCCUUCAUCGACACAUCCCGCGCUAUGGCAGCUGGCGCAUCGUAUGGCGGAUACAUGAUGAAUUGGAUCCAAGGCAACCCACUCGGGCGGAAUUUCAAAGCGCUGUUUACACACGACGGCCCAUUCUCAACCCUCAACAUGCCUUCUAGCGAAGAACUCUGGUUUCCCCAGCACGACUUCAACGGCACGCUGGCAACCGCAUGGGACAACUACGCGGUGUGGAACCCAGCCAACAAGACUGAUCAGUGGGCGACCCCCCAUCUGGUUGUGCACAACGAGCUGGAUUACAGAUUGCCGGUUAGUGAGGGGUUGGCAACGUUCAAUACGCUGCAGGAGAGAGGCGUGCCGAGCAAGAUGCUGAUUUUUCCCGAUGAGAAUCAUUGGGUUCUUAAACAUGAGAAUAGUCUUGUGUGGCAUAAGACGGCGAUGGAUUGGUUGAAUGGGUAUGUGGGGUUGCCGAGGUAUUCGAAGCCUGGGGAUGAGGCGUUUAGGGCGAUUUUGAUGAAUGGGGAGUGGGAUUAUUAG